UGGCCUUCAAAAAAAAGUUAAAAAGACAACAUUUUUCUAGUCGACAAAAAAACAUGCUUGAUAUUCCAAAAUUUAUCACAAAACAAAAAAGGAAAAAUCAGAUUCUUCCCAACUCAACACCCUACUUCUACUUGUAUUUUAGUAGAAGAUUACAAAAAUCAAUCAAUGGCGGCAGAAAUUCAAAAAAUACACAACAUCCAAUUCGACCCGUAAUCACUAAUCAGUCUCCUUCAACCUCCAUCUCACUCUCUCUCUCUCUCUCUCUCCUCAAAUUUCUCAACCUUCCUUUCCCUUAGCGUCUCUCUCCAUCCGCCAUUUUCGUUGUUGUUCAACUUGUUUGUUGAAUUGGUUCUGAAAUUUCUCAGAAGAAAAGAAUCACCAGAACAAGAUUUUACGGCACAUGGAUACCGGUGAUUCUACUGUGCCCGAAAGCAAGUCCCAUCUUCCUGAUACGCUUCACAGGUGUUUCACGCCCGAGGAAAUGUUGAAGUAUGAGAAGUAUGAAGCUAGUUAUGCUAGCUACUUGAGGGCAAAAUACUUCUCGGACAAGGAUAUCUAUGGAGGUGAAAUAUAUGACCUUGCAGUCACAGUAGGCAAUGAAACCGUCAAAGCAAGCAGGUGGUCUCCGACUCGAUCGUAUGCGGAUCCGGCGAAGAGUUUUGUAGACUCAGACAAUGAUUUGGCUUGUGCAGAAGAAAUGCCUUCUGCUUCUGAGCCAGAAACUUCCCCUAAUAUUCCAAAUGGCAGUGUAACUCCGCUUAAAAAGAACACUUCAUGAUUUUUAUCAAAGAAAAAAUAAAGCAGCUCAUGUUGAUGAUUCUUCAUGUAAAGGAUCUCCUGCAUUUGUAUGACAUAUUUAUUCAUGCAAAGACAUAGAGGAAAUACAUGGAGUUGUUGAAAAAUUAGCAACUCCAUUUUUCUAUCUGGUUGCAUUUCAUACAUCACAAUCUACAUUUUCACAAGUAUCCACCGUAGAUAAUAAAAAUUGGUUCCUCUGCA